AGUGUGUGUGUGUGUGUGUGUGUGUGAGAGCGCGCGCACGCGCGCGCCUGUGACUGAGAGCGCACUGUUCCUAUGGAGUGAGUAAAACUCUGGUCUUGUUCAAAGCGCGACUGAGAGACAGAAGGAGACUUUAAGGGAAAAAAAUGGCUCCCGGUAUGCUCUUUUUCUGCUUCUGCAUAAUCUACACCGCUCAGCUGUGUGGUGGAUUUAAUGUGGAUGUCCGCUUCCCGGUUAUAAAAGAAGGAAAAACCAAAGGCAGUCUGUUCGGAUUCUCCGUGGCGCAACACAGACUGACGGAAAAGCCCAGGAAGUACCUACUCCUGACAGGAGCACCCAAAGACAAAGCCUUAUCAAAGCUGAAAGUAAACGAAACUGGAGCCAUUUACUCAUGUCCCAUCACCACAGCGCUGAAUGACUGCACCAGAGUCGACCUCAUCACCUCAACGGAUUCAUCCGAGCUGAUAGAAGGCAUGUGGCUUGGAGUGACCGUAGCCAGUCAAAGAGAGCAUCCUGGAGGAAGAGUAUUGGCAUGUGGGCACCGCUAUGUUAAAAUAGUGCAGGGUGGAGGAGAAGAACAGCAAAGGAUGGUGGGUAAAUGCUUCGUUCGAAGUAACGACCUGAGCUUUGACCAAGAUGACUCGUGGCAGGACCAUUCGUAUGAAGUGUGCAACCCAAAUAAAGACAUGGAGAUGGAAGGCAUGUGCAACAUGGGCAUUUCCGCAGGCAUGACGGACAGUGAUGUCUACAUCGGCUGCGCAGGGAGUUUUGAAUGGCAGGGCAACGUGCAUGUUACAUGGAGAGACACAUCCCCUGACAACUCCUGGGAUUACAGUGAAAAAGACUUAGGUUAUUUAAACAAGCGCAAUAGCUACAUGGGUUAUUCUGUGACAGAAGACAUCAAGUUGUUGAGCAGGAAAGAGUACACAGUGGUUACAGGGGCUCCCAGAGACGACUCCAAGGGUUCAGUGACGCUGGCAGUGAAAGGGGCAUUAACCCUUAAUCCUGUGAUUGUGAUCCCAGGAGAGCAAGUGGGCUCUUAUUUUGGGAGCAGUAUAGCAGUGACAGAUCUCAACAAUGAUGACUGGAAUGACCUGAUAGUAGGAGCACCGUUCUAUUUCGACCGCUACAAAGAGCAAGGUGGAGCAGUGUACAUUUUCAUGAAUGAAAAUGGAUCUUUCCAGAUGAAGUCUAGUAUCGUCCUGAACGGUGCCAAGGGUUCUGCAUUUGGAGUCGCUGUGGCAGCAAUAGGGGAUGUCAAUCAGGAUGGAUUCCAAGAUUUUGCAGUCGGAGCGCCAUUCCAUGAUUCUGGAAAAAUCUAUAUAUGGAUGGGGAGCAAGGAGGGUAUAACAAAUGUUCCCAGUCAGAUUAUUGAAGGGAAAACUCUGGGCUCUGGUGGAUUCCAGACGUUCGGUUAUUCCCUCAGCGGAGGUAUGGAUAUGGAUGACAACAGAUAUCCUGACAUCUUAGUUGGCUCUCUCGAUGACCGUAUAGCACUUCUGAGAGCACGUCCAGUUAUCCAUUUAUCCAGAAACUUUACAGUUGAGCCUAAGAUUGUGGAUCCUGCCCAGUGCACAGAUGCUUGUAUAACAGCAAAGCUGUGUUUUGCUUAUACGCUAAGCAAUGGAAACCGCAACUUCAAGAAGGAUAUUACUGUAAAAUACACUGUAGAAGCAGACCGCAGUCGUCGAAGCCCAAGAGUGAUGUUCCUCAAUGGUAAAAGCACAUACACAGACCUACUGUCCUUCUCAUCUCCGUCCUGCCAGGAGCUCAAGCUUCGAGUAAACGAGCAGAUAACAAAUAAACUGGAUCCGGUUGUGUUUCUGCUAAAUGUUUCUCUGAACGAGGCUACAGCAGAGCCCCAGCAGACACUACAGGACCUCGAUGCAUUCCCUAUGCUCAGUGGCCAGCAGCAACUGACUGAGAAAUCUGAGAUUAACUUCCAGAAGGAGUGUGGUUCUGAUAACAAGUGCAGCAGUAAUCUGCAGGUGAAGGCGCAGUUUGCCAGUGAGCAGCAAAACGUCUUCCCCAGUGUGGAUGAUGGACAGACGAUGGAAUAUAACAGCAGCAUCAAGAAGCUGAUGCUGUUAGUGGAAGUGAGCAACAUGCCUGAGAGCGGCAAGCAGGCUGAGGACGCGCAUCAGGCCAUGCUUAACAUCAGCAUUCCCCUGGCACUCACCUAUUCAGGCUUCCGUUCCAAGGAAAUUAAAUGUAACGCUAACAAAACUGUGAUGUGCGAUAUUGGUAACCCAUUCAAGAGCAACAGGAAGAUUUCCUUUCAGAUCAUCUUUGAGACUUUUAUUACACUUUACACUGAGAAGAUCGUGCUGCAGCUCCAGUUGUCUACUCUGAGUGAACAGAGUGAUCUGUACCCAGUGGAGGUUGUCCUCAAUGUGGGGAACACGAUCCUUACCUCUUUCUCUAUAGAAAACUCAGUGGUGAACACUUACUUCAGUGGUAAAGUGUUGGGCGAGUCAGCCAUGAACAGCACGAGUGACAUCGGCAGUCUAGUGGAGUAUGUCUUCAACGUGGGCGUAGUGGGAGAACCACUGGGAAUGUUGGGAACUCUGGUGGUGGAUUUUAAAUGGCCGGUCGACGUGCCAAAUGGUAAAUGGCUGCUAUAUCUGACAGAGAUUUUAAUCAAGGGGACUUCUGAUACGCAAUGCGUUCCUCCUGGACAAAUUGUUAAUCACCUGAAAUUAACACUGUCAAAGAAGAGCAUGAAACGGCAUAAGCGAGACUUGGACACCAACCUGCCACUCACUGAAGCUACUAAAACACUCCUCACUCCACGUAAAGAGACCUACCUGCUGGAUUGUGAGCUGAGGACGGCUCGCUGCGUGACUUUCUCGUGCCCGCUGAGGAACAUGUCCACUGCAGCCUCACUAACCGUCAGAGCCCGUGUGUGGAACAGCACCAUGCUGGAGGAUUUUGCCAAUGCUUUUCGCGUGAUUGUGAAAGGCAGCGCCACGCUGAGGCUGGAGACUGACAAACCCACCAUCAAGAUGAAAUCUGAAAAUCGAGAGUUUUCAGUGAACAUUGAUCCUGUUUCAGGAGAGGAAACUCCGUAUAACGUUCCAUUAUGGAUUUAUAUUAUUGCAGGAAUAGCAGGAAUCCUAUUAUUAGGCAUCAUUAGCCUCAUCCUGUGGAAGUGUGGGUUCUUUAAAAGAGCUGUCUACUACAAGGUGAUGCCUAAGUACCACGGAGUGAAAAUAUGCAAGGAGGAGAGGUACAAGUUGAGCAGGACUUUCCAGCCUGAGCACGAGCUCAACAAAAAACUCUGGGUCACCAACUGGACUGAAGUGCAAGAAUAUUACUACUGAUCUUGGAAAGUGUCCACUCAGCUGCUUGUUUAGAGGAAUGCAAUGGACGUUUUUUUAUUGAACAGACUUCUGGGGCUUUGACUUUUUUGGGUCAGGAUUAACACAUGAUAAAGAAUUGAGUGCUGGGUGAAAGUGUGUUGCUUGUUGUUGUUGUUGUUGUUGUUGGAAUUGUUGUCUGGUGCAAUACUGUGUUACAGACCAACAAGUUUUCAUGACUGAAACCAUUCAGCGUUAUCUCAGACACAAUCUGGGACCCUUUUUUUUAUUACUUGAUUUUCCAAAUCUGAAAGUAUUGCAGAACAGUUUUUUUUGUAUUAUAUGUUUGAUAUUAUAGAAUGCUAUUUAGUUUAGGAGCUUUUUUUAUUCAUAAAAAAAAGUGUCUUUAAAUGCACAAGGCUACAGGACGAUGCUCACACUCCAACUUACACUGUGAGCAAUUUUCAUAUGACCUUUAACAAGGAAUGAUGGAAUUGCACUGACUGCAAGCGUCCCAGAUUUGCAGCCACUAUGAAAUAUAUUUUCUUCUGACAGAUACAGAGGACAUAACGACGAUCCCAGGCGGAUUAUAGCACAGGGAAGGACACCAAACAUUAGUGAUUUAAUAUUUAUUUUAUAUGACUAAUAAGAGUCAGUACACUGGAGAAUAUUGUUAUAUGAUUUGGAAGUGUUUUUAUGUGCUAGAUUGGAAUGGAGAGUACGAUUCUCAUUCCAGUUCCAAAGCAGUCAAAAAAAGAAAAGGAAAGAAAUAACCAGGCAUAACGUGUCACAGUUUUCUUCAACUGUGUCAUUCAGUGAAAGGAUGGGUAUCAUUUGAUUUUAUGACACUGUCCAUAGGUCCUGCUGUAACACUAGAAAAGGUUCAGUUGGAAAAUUAAGACCAAAUUUAUUACUACAUUCAUAACUGAUGAUUUAUUCAUAUAAAAGUCAGAAGGUACUUGCGGUUCUUUUUUUGUACGCUCCAGAUAUUAAAAUAUUUUGUAAGUAAA